AACCCGCCUCUUCCUCACUUCACCAUCCCAAGAUUCAGGGCACGACGUGAAAAUGAGCCGUGGAGCAUCUGCAGGGGCUAAGGGCAAAAAGAAGGGAGCGACCUUCAUGAUCGACUGUUCAAAACCGGUGGAAGAUAAGAUCAUGGACAUCGCUUCUUUGGAGAAAUUCCUUCAGGAGAGGAUUAAAGUUGGUGGCAAGGCCGGAGCCCUUGGCGAUUCCGUCACUGUUACUCGGGAGAAGAGCAAGAUCACUGUCACUUCUGACAGCAAUUUCUCCAAGAGAUAUCUGAAAUACUUAACUAAGAAGUAUUUGAAGAAACACAAUGUGAGGGAUUGGCUUCGGGUUAUUGCUGCUAACAAGGAUCGCAAUGUUUAUGAGCUAAGAUACUUUAACAUUGCUGAGAAUGAGGGUGAGGAUGAAGACUAGAGAUGUGUUUAGCUGUCUUGAGGAAUUAUGCGUUGUGUUAGGCUUAGUUAUCAAAGAGUCUUGUUUUAUCAGUUUUGUUUAUUGACUUGCCAACUGUUCUUCAAUAUUCUUGCGUUUCUUUUGGGUCCAACUUUAUGUCCUUAUGUUGUUUUAUAGACGUUAUUGGAGAGGUAAUGUCAAGAAGUUUUAGAUGCUGCUCAUGCAGCAUAUAUAUUGAGGAUUUUGAUUUGGGUUAA